AUGUCCGGAGAGGGUGCCAAGGCUUUAGCUCUUUCUUUGAUGGCCGAUACCUCUAUCCUCACGUUAGACCUGAGUGACAACUGGCUGCAGGGAGAAGGGGCAGCUGCAAUUGCGGAGAUGCUGAAAGAAAACAGCUACGUUUCAGCUGUUGAUUUAUCUGACAACAAAUUAGGCGUUGAAGGAGCUAAGGCCUUUUCCACUAUGCUUCUAGAAAAUACUACAAUUGCGUCCCUCCAGCUCUCAGGAAAUGAAUUUGAUGAUCAUGCAGCGAAGUAUUUAGCGGCUGCCAUCACAGCAAACAGCAAGGUGGAACUUCUGGAUCUGAGUUACAACAUGUUUGGUGACAAAGCAGGUGAAAUUCUUGGAAUGGCAAUAGCAGAAAACACUGGAUUAAAGGAACUUAAAAUCAGCUGGAACCAUUUCCAUAGCCAAGGGGCAGCUGCCUUGGCCAAAGGCUUGGGGGCAAACAUAUUUCUCAAAGUGCUGGAUGUUUCCUACAAUGGCUUUGGCAACAGUGGAGCAGCUGCCUUGGGGGAGGCUCUUAAAGCCAACAACGUGCUGGAAGAGCUCAACGUUAGCAACAACCGUAUUUCGGUGGAAGGAGCUCUGCACAUUGCAGCUGGCCUGAAAGAAAACAGGACUCUGAAAAGACUUAACAUGACCAGAAAUCCCAUGCAGAGUGAAGGCUGCUGUGGGGUCCUCAAAGCUCUACAAGCAAAUUCUGGCACUGGGAUAGAGAUCCUGGACUUGCCACCGGCAGAAAGAGCAGAUAACGCUGCUGCUGGCAUCUCGGGGAUGAAGCGUGGUGCUUACCUCAUCCUCUGGCUGUAUCUGCAGGAGGAGGAGGGGAGGAUCGAAGGGCAUAAUGAGAGGAUUACUUACAGCCAGCCUUAA